AUGUCUGAGGAGGAGCCAUUUCCGUGGGAAAUAGGUGUCUACGACGCCCAUUGUCACCCCACAGACACAAUGGCCUCGGUCGUCGACAUCCCGCACAUGAAAACGACAACACUGACGAUCAUGGCCACACGCGGGGAAGACCAGGAUCUUGUACAACACACUGCUGCAUCACUUGUAGGCGAAACUAGCCAAUCACAGACAGACCGCAUAGUUCCAUGUUUCGGCUGGCACCCGUGGUUCUCGCACCAGAUUACGGACGACUCCCAAGCUACCCCAAACACGCGGAAAACAGAGCAUUACGCCGCCGUCCUGACACCAUCUCCGACAGACGACCUAACAUUCCUUGACACCCUCCCGGACCCAAAACCACUCUCAGAAUUCAUCUCCGAGACCAGAGCCCGCCUCCAACAAUUUCCCAAUGCGCUGGUCGGCGAAAUAGGCCUAGAUAAAACAUUCAGAUUACCAGGCCCAUGGACACCAGAAGACAUCGACAGUCGCGAUGACCAGAUUACACCUGGGUCCCGGGAAGGGCGACGCCUAACACACUACCGCGUCAAGCCAGAACACCAGCGCAGCAUAUUGAAAGCGCAGCUCCAGCUAGCAGGGGAGAUGAACCGUGCAGUGUCGCUGCACAGCGUGCAAGCGCAUGGGGCGGUCAUCGAGGUCCUGAAAGAGGUAUGGGCAGGCCAUGAACGGGUCGUGUUAUCGCGACGGAAGAGAGACCGACAGCGGGAUGCGGAGGGAGCCGUUUCCGAAGACGAGGAAGAUGAGGUUCCUCCUUCGAGGCCUUUCCCGCCUCGAAUCUGCAUGCAUUCUUAUUCAGGGUCUGUGGAUCCGAUCCGGCAACUCAUACAUAAGUCCAAUCCGUCGGAUAUCUACUUCUCGUUCUCGAGUCUGAUUAACCUCAAUGGUGCGCCGGCUAGAAAGGUUGGAGAUGUUGUUAAGGCUCUCCCUGAAGAUCGGAUUUUGAUCGAGAGUGAUCUCCAUAAGGCUGGUGCGCAGCUGGAUGAGUUGAUGGAGGAUGUGGCAAGGCAGAUUUGCAAGUUGAGAGGUUGGGAAUUGCGGCAUGGUGUUCAGUUGCUUGCGGAUAAUUGGCGGCGGUUUGUGUUUGGUUGA